AAUGUACGCGGCACCAGCUGCCUCGUGCGUUGCACUACAGUCAAUGCGCUCGGUCUGUUUUAACGCCGGUGUUCUACAGUUGGCAAUCUACGGGUUAAAUGUAGUGUGGGGACUGUGGAAACAGUUUGUACAGUACUGGAUAGAAUGGCAUGCGCAUUUUUUUUUCCUGGAUAGAAAACAGAGAAUCUGAGAGAAAGAUAAUACUCUCACUAUCUUUAUUUAGACCCCAGUGUAUCUUUCCUUCAGAGCUCCAGUCCGAGGCUACAAGUAGACUCACCAGGAGUUCUUGUGAAAGGGAGACAGUGACGCGCGGAGGAAUUAAUUAAAUAAAUCAGUAAUAAUAAUAAUAAUACAAUAUAUAUCUGUGUAACUUUGAAUAUUGGGAUGCUGGAGAAUAAAAAAGGCCAUUAAAUUAAUUAAAAAGGAGAGCGUCUUCUGUUCCUUUGCUGAGAUUGGAAAUGGGGCAUUAAAACAUGUACUACAAUCCACAUGGACUGAGCGCUUGUCAUCGAAUAAGGCACCAGUGCUACCUUUUGUGUUGAUGCAACAAUAGUCCGGAUCGUGAAGACGGGAAAUAGAUCGAUUCAACUGGACUACACACUCGCGUUCGCUAUCCUCGUAGUUUUUCCUGGCAAAGGAUUUAGAGAACCGCUCAGGGACAAACCCACCUUUAAAGGGGGAAGAUGCCAUUCCACCAUGUAACCGCAGGCCUGCUGUACAAGGGGAAUUACCUGAGCCGCUCGCUCUCCGAUGAGAGCGACAGUGAGCAAUUAGCCAGCAUCUCAGUGGAGGAGCUGGCCGAAAUGCGGGAAGCAUUCCGGGUGCUGGAUCGGGAUGGCAAUGGGUUCAUAUCGAAGCAGGAACUGGGCAUGGCCAUGCGCUCGCUGGGGCACAUGCCCAGUGAGGUGGAGCUGGCCAUUAUUAUGCAGAGAUUGGAUAUGGACGGAGAUGGCCAUGUGGACUUUGAUGAAUUUAUGACAAUACUGGGCCCAAAACUUUUGUCUUCCGAAACGAGGGAAGGGUUCCUCGGGAAAACGAUAGACAGCAUAUUCUGGCAGUUUGACAUGCAGCGAAUAACGCUGGAAGAACUGAAGCACAUCCUGUUCCAUGCCUUCCGGGACCACCUCACGAUGAAGGACAUAGAAAACAUCAUCAUUAACGAGGAGGAAAGCCUAAACGAGAACUCCGGCAACUGCCAAACAGAGUUUGAAGGAGUGCAUUCCCAAAAGAAGAACCGCCAGACGUGUGUCCGGAAGAGCCUCAUCUGUGCAUUUGCAAUGGCCUUCAUUAUAAGCGUCAUGCUCAUUGCAGCCAAUCAGAUGCUGCGAAAAGGCAUGGAAUAGCCUUUCAUCCAGAGCACUAACAGAUUGUUGCUACUGGAAGACAAACAAAACCAAUGUAAAGUGAACACUGUUCCACAAGGAGACUGAAGCCAGCAGCAUGCUUUGUCUUGACAUUCACCUACAUCUUUGUGGCACGGACUUUUAAAAGGGCUGUUUCAAUGCUUUCAUGGUAUUUUUUUUCUUCCUAAUGCAAUAUAAGUACAGGAGUGCUGAACUGUCACCCCAAACAGUCACAGUAAAUGAUGCCAUUUAAAUGAAAAGUUUCCUUUGUUGCCAGUUGUAAUGGCCUUUGGUGUUUCAUAUACAUUAGCUCGUGGGGUCCUUUCAGAAACACUGGAGUAAUGUUCUGUCUGAGAAAUGGAUUUCUACCACUCUGAUCAACUUUAGUUUCCAAUUCGAGAUAAGGCUUCGGGCCAUAUUUGAGUAACUUGGACAGAAAAAAAAAUACAACGCAUUUUAUGCCAGUUGCUUAAUGACAUCAACUGUAGCAUGUAUUAGCCUCUCCUCAUCUGGGUGGAAUGCAGGUCUUUGAGGGUUUUAAUCAACAAAUUAAGAUUCCGCAGAAGUUUCAAAAUGAUUUAGAUCUUCAUUAAUUGAACUUGCUAAUUCAUUGUUUGGGGAAACGCAUUUAAUUCAGCUGAACAGACUACUGUUACUUUGCUCCCCAUGUUCUAUGCAUAAAGUAGUGUAUGCGUUUUAUAUUUAGUAAACAUUGCUGCCAGGAGUUUUGUUCUUCUAAAACCAGUCACCCCCUCCAGUAUCUAAAAACUGGCAUCUUCCUCUUCAAGAGCCCCUGCAAUCCAAAAGCAAUUUAAACACGCUCAGCACUCUGCAGGUUUAACAGCGAGCUACAGCUAUGGCCAAAAGUGCAUCACCUAGAAUUUUAGGAUUGAGAUAUAUUAAUAAUAAUAAAAAACUAUAUGAACAUACUUUAGGUAUUUUAUUUAACAUCAUGUAAAUCAAAAAACUACAAAAUGAUAUUGCAAAAGUCUACCGGAAUCCAUAAUAGUUGUACAGUAUUUCAUGUUAGAUUUUGAAAUGUCACAUUUUAAAAUGUGUCAGUUUUUCAUGAAGUAUACGGAAAACUACAAAGCGGUAUGUAAUUCAAUGUUAAUGUAACAUUAUUCAGCACAUUUCAUUUGCCAUUGGCCAUAGCUAUAGGUUUGAAUAUAGAUCUGCAGUGCUUCUAUCUGUAACCAUCUUGAUCUAGUAGUGUAGCUUUGACUCAAUCCCGUUACAUGUUCCACCCAAGUACAACAGUAGCUAUUUAAAAAAAAAAAAAAGAAAAAAAGAUUUGUAGUCCGUUUCGCUUUUUAUAAUAUCCAAACAGAUUAUUAUUUUAUUCUAUUAGGACUUUCACAUAGUACACCCAGUCCACCUAGUGACUGCAUACUAAUAUUGCACUGGUGUUUUACUGAAAGAGAAUUGCAGCUGCAUCUUGCAAAGCCUGUUUAUUUGAAACCCUGGUGUGGUCAGAGGAGUUCAUGAUGUAUCUCAAUUGAAAAAUAGAUAUAUUAAAACAGCUAUACCUGCUAAUUGGUAGAUGCAUGAAAGAUUAUAGGGAGUGGAUUAUUCAGUCUGUUACUGCACGGCGUUCAUAACAGAAUUUUAGCUGAGCCCUCAUUUAAUUAUUCUUCUACCUGCUAGCACAGUAAGUGCUGGUUGUAAAGUAUGGAUACCUCAGUGGGCACAGAAUUUGAAGUAGGAGAUGAGCAAGAGCCUGAAAAGUAAGCUUUAGUACUCUUUUUUUCAAAAUGACUUGAGGCACAAAACAAAGAAGGUCAUACUGAUGCCUAACGUUGCAGACUGUAAAGGAACUAGCGUAAGAUGUACCUACUAAACCUGCCUUUUUUAUUUUAUGUGAGAGUAGUGGAAUACUAGCGUACUGUAUAUAUUUAUGGUUAGGGAGGUGAAAUGGUUAACUGUACAGUAUUUGACUAAGGUAAAGCAGUCCUAUUUAAAUACAAAGAAGGUGCACUCCCCUAGACAGCCACCAGAUGGGGGUGUUGGAGAGAAACUGAAUCCAGUAAGAGUAAAAUCACUAGAUAAAACAAUCCUUGUCUGGACGACUGCGUGGUCCUGUCAAUGCUGCGUUUACUGGGCUGCGCAGCGUCGCAUGUAUUCUGGGGUCUAACUUCAGCGUUACAGAGGGUACUUCUGAACUCCUGUAAGAAACCUACUUGUUAAUGUACACAUUCUAACCACCUUUAGUUUUCUGCAGACUGCUUAUGUUUAAUGCAUGCAAUUUUUGGAAUACUGUAUAUACCCGAUAUUGUAUGAUGUGUAUCAAGUGUAUCUGAUGGUUAUGUGUGUGCAUGAUGCUGAAUACUGCGAGCUCUUAAUGCUUCCUGCUGAAAUGAGACUGGUAGUCUGUGUGUGUGUUACAGUACUGGACUUGAUGUCUGGUGUGAGAUACAAGCAUCUGUGCAUCACAUCCCCAUGUAGCUCAAGCGUCAAGCUGGACAGAUAUGUGUUAUAUUCACAAAAGAGUUUGUAUAUAUUCACUAAAAACCCCCUUGUAAUAGUAAUAAUAGUUCUACUACCAGGUAAAUAAGCAAUGGCAGGUACCCCUUUAAUUUAUGAAUUUUACUGAAUAGAAUGCAACUGACAUUGCAAAAGUUCUCGUUAUGCAAGCAUGCCAUCUAUUGGUCAUCAUGGAAAUUGCAAUUCAAGCAGUUUAAUUCCCAUGCAAAUUCACUAUUUUCUGAAUUUUAAGGUUUUAAACAAAAUUUAAAAAUUAGGGGGGUUGGUCAAAUUAUUUAAAAGGGACAUUUGAAUAUUUGUUAUUUAUUUCAUUACAAUGGUUUGCAUAACAUGUAAUGUACUGUAAAAUACUGAACUGUGAGCUUUCAUUACUUUGAGUGACUUUGUAGAAUCUGUGUGUGAAACUUUAACCACGUACAGGAACUUUUAAAGACGUACAGUAUGUGUUGUAAUAAAUCUUUUGUUUGUUUGUUUGUUUGUUUGUUUAAGGAAAAGUAAGAAAUACUCAUGCCACAUGUAACUGCUUCCCCACUCAAGACAUGCAUCUCAGUUUGCCUUUGUAUUAAACCCCUAUCAUAUAGCAAUGAUUUAUAAAUUCCUAAGUGUAAUGCUGAGAAGUAUGGAGUGUUAAAUAAUGUGUGUGGCAUGUCCAAUAGGCACCAGAGUUACUGUUUUCGUGUGUCAAAAUACCAGUCUGUACAGUACAGUAUGACCUCGGCUAAGCAGGGCUUACAAAUUCCGCUGAAAGCAGACGUCUCGAUGCUGCUUUUGAGUUGUAAUGUCAGCAAUUACUAGGACUGCUGAAAAUGUUGUUAAAACUGUAUAAACUUGUCCAAUCGGUAUUCACCCCGGCUUUGUCGGAGGGAACAGGUUAACAGAAAACUAAGCAGUCUGACUAAAAACUUCAGCAGCAUGGUGGUUAAAUGAGAAACUAAUGUAUAAACAUAUGUACAUAGUCAAUAUAUACAUAUAAAUACAUUAUAUAUAUAUAUAUAUAUAUAUAUAUAUAUAUAUAUAUAUAUAUAUAAUGUAAUAUUUGGCAUGCAGUUUAUUAAAUAUGUAGGUAAUAGAGCUGAAAAUAUAAUUCUCAAAUAGAGUAUAUGGUAGAUAAAAAUUUAUCUUACCAAAUUGUAAAUUUACACUCUGUAUAAAAAAGAAAUUGCCAGCAUUUAUGCAAUAAAGAGUAAUGUUUUUUUAGUAAUGCGUGUCAGUGAGCUAUCAUUUUUGUAUGGUUUGGAAUUUCUUACUUUUGCACCACUACAUGUUUUGACCGUGAAUACAUUCUGUAUUGUUUUGAAAACCACGGAAAACCUUGCAUAAGUGUAGCUCGCAUUUAUGUAGAGUUAAAAAAAUACAUCCCAGGGAUAGAAAUAAGACCCCCAGUGCAUUACAGUUUGAUCCAUUCCUGGUUUUACUAUGAGUUUAAUAAGACACAUCGGAGCUUGUUGCCUAAUAAAGCAUAUAUUAAGACCAGGAAUGGGUGAAACUGCUAUGCAAUAGGAGUCUUGUUUCCAUCCCUGCAUCUUAAUUGUUCAGAUGUAUAAAUGUCAGCUUGUCUGUCUGUCUUCACACACUAUACCUCACAAGUAAAUCGCGGAAACAGAAUGUUAAUGCUAUGCUGUUAGCGUGACACCAUUUAGUGGAAUGUAGGACACAGAAAAACCCGUAAGCAAAAUAAAACCCAACAAUUUGGUA